AUGGGAUUGCAGCAACAGCAAAACCGCUUCAUGCAGCCGCCAAUGGGUUUCCCGCAAUGGCAGAUUAACUCACCGACGGUGCAGUAUCCUGCGGCCGACACUAUGGGUGCGAUCAGGCCGCUAUCGCAACUGGCGCUGUCUCCGGUGAAUGAAAAGGCGACGAAACUCGAUCCGAGUAACUGCCUACACACUGGGAUUGGUACCGUGACGAGGACCGAUAACAACUGGGGGUUCGUCGACGAAAAGGUGUUCUUUCAUCAAGGCGUAUGCGACAACGGGAUCCUCCCGAAGGUCGGUGAUCGUGUGCUGGUGGAUGCCGAUUCCAACCAUUCCAACAGGCACUUCAAGUGGAGUGCGUCACGAGUGCAUAUUCUGUACCCAACCAACACAAACUCGACGGUCAAUGCUGGUGCUGGAAGAUCGCACGAAGGACCAACUUCUAAUCCUAUGGUGAGCGUUUCGCCAACCGUUGAAAAUCGAUCUCGUAAUCGCUACAGUCCAACUCACAAAUCACCCGACCGACAGGCGCAUCGUGGCCGCGUGUUGCGGGACAGUAGCGGUCAGCAACGGGAACGAUCCUACGAACGUCGUGAAAAGGAGCGCAGUCCGCCACGCAAGCGCGCUCGCUCCGUUCCCCGUUAUAUGGUGCGCGUGCCGAAACAUCCUUUAACGAUGAAAUCUGUGGAUGUGCUGGAAGUGUGCCACCGAUACCGCAAGCUCUACAUUCCGUCAAACUUCUUCAUUUCGGAUAUACGCUGGCCAGAAUCGUUUCCAGCCGGUGCAAGCUUCUCCUUGCGCAACCCAUGCCCGUUCCACAUCAUGCCGAAAGGCGUCGAUUCGCCAGAGGCCCAGCUUGGACAUGUGCCCGCGGACUUGGAUCCAGCCGAUGCAGACUACCUGUAUAGUGCAAAAGUGAUGCUCUUAAGUACGCCUCAAGCCGCAGAGUUUUACGAGAAGUGUUCUGCGAAGGCCGAGGACCACGACGGCGCUGAGACCGACUACGUUCACCCUACACAACUUAUCAGAUUUCUCGUUGGUACGCGGGGCAAUAAGGAAACUAUGGCCAUCGGUGGCCCUUGGUCACCGUCGUUGGACGGGCUAGACCCGCACUCCGAUCCAAGCGUGCUGAUCCGGACGGCGAUACGCACAUGUAAAGCAAUGACAGGAAUCGAUCUUUCCGUGUGCACCUUUUGGUGCCGCUUCAUUGAGCUCUACUACCAUCGCUCCGAAACCCUGCACAAGGGUCAUUUGAUUCCGCCACGUGUGGAAACGGUGGUCAUAUUUUUGCCCGAUGUCCACUCCUGCCAGCCAACGCUCUCGGACUGGGAGCUAACUCGGCUUUGCUACAAAACUGAAAUGGCCCACAUCACUAACCGUAGCAGCUCUGUUGAUGGCGAGCCCGCGGAAACGAAUCCGGGCAUUGUUGAACGCAAAACGCAGCAAGAUGCAACAGCCGAUCAAGUUCAGUCACCUGCAGCUUCAGAAGCAACAUCAUCUACGACGACGGUAGCAGUAAUACCGAUGGAUUUGAAUACUGCCGAGGACGCGGACGCGGGGGCUACGAUCUCGGGCAAGUUUGACUGCUCAGUCGUGUCGCUCUCGGUGUUGCUAGACUACCGUCCGGAGGAUACGAAGGAGUGCUUCUUCGAGGUUUCCCUGUUCGCCGAGCUGUUCAAUGAUAUGCUGGCUCGCGACUUCGGCUUCACCAUCUACAAAGAGUUAUGUCUGCUGGACGGCUCCACUGACGGUACGAUUUCGAGCAAAUCAAACGGUAACGAUCCACAAACGCGCAGUAACGUGCGCAAGCGUUCAGCGCGCCACUCUGACAAGGAUCGCAGUCAAAGGGAACUGGCUACCGCAGCGUACGUCAAGCCGGAUCUGAUGCUCUCGUUUCUCUAUUUCGACGUUACGCGAUGUGGCUACAUUUUGGAAAAGGAUGUAGAGGACAUCAUCUGCGCACUUGGCCUCUAUCUUCCCCGCUCGCAAAUACACAAAAUUGUGGCCAAAGCUACCGUCGGCGACACGUUGCAGUACCGUCGAUUGACGGAACAGACGACGGGCGAGACAGAAUCCGAUCGUAAAAAGUUGCAACAUGAUGCAAGUGGCACUGCUAUUGAUGCAGCAGAAACAGACCCUCCGGAUGGUGCGGAAAAAGCAACAUCGGACACGAUCGUGACCGAACUGGCUUGCGGUAAUACAAACUACAGGAUGCAACUUAAGCAAAGUCUGGAUCGUAUAGCAAACGAGCUGGGUGGCGAGAAGCAACGUCAACCUGGGCAGAAUUCCACGGAUUUUGAGACAGCAAACAACGAAGGAGCACCGGCCAUACAGGGUGGCUUCGUCGAAUAUCGGGGUGGCUUCAUUGACGUCGCGAAGCUGCUGCAGCAAUUGAAACGCACUAAUGAAUCACUGGCCAAUACCGAGAAAAGGUUACAGGUUGCCCGGACACAAACCACCGAACUGACUGCCACCAAGAACCGUGUCAACCGUAAAGUAAAGGAGUUGGUUGCCGAAACGAAAAGCUUGUCCAAAUUAUUGUUUAUCGAUCGAACAAUGAACGAUGGCCACACGACGCUCACAGACGACAUGAUGGACAGUUAG